AUGCUGGCGCGCCUUACUGCGCUGACGUGCUUCUGCAGAGUGGAGGCCAUACUCUUCGACGAGCCACUAACGAAACCCUUGGACGACAUCACCGAGGCCCGGCAGCUUCUUGCGGUCAAGCUGCGGCAGCUGCACGACUUUCAGUUCGAACACUGCGUCGAUCCACACCGGGGCUCGCUCGACGAUGUUUACACGGAGGAGCAGUUCCGCAUUCUCGUUUCAGACAUCCUGCCGUACUGGGCCAAGGAGUACUUUCGGGAGUCGAUGGGUUACCCCAGUCAGUCGCUGUGGAGGGCCUUGGCCGUGAGGGUGAUGAUCCUCAUGGCGCAUCACAUGCUGGGUAGGGGGAUAAGCAUCCGCGAGAUCCGCUACUGCAAUAUGUUCACUCACGUCCUUCCGCCCAUCACGAACAGCAAGGGGGAGUCGUCGAUCCACGUUCUCGUGGUCGCCUAUCGCAACUCGAAGACCAUCAAAGACAACAAGCUCGGCCACCUGUACCUGACUCGACACAUGGACUUCCGGCAGUGCGGCUUCGGAGCAGUGUUCAUGUGGAUACAUUUCCUUUUCGACCUUGUACCGCUCCACUACAACGACGAUAAGAUCGUGCCCCCCUUGGAUUUUAGCAACCCGGAAAACUGGUCGAAGAAGCACCUGUUCUUCGCCCUCUUCGACAAGGACAAGACCGAGUUGCCGUACGCGACUCAUGCCAAAUGGGUUACCUGGGCGAUGAAAAGCGCGGAGUGGAUCCUGUCGAAAGUCACACACAUCUUUCGACGGUCUGCGGCACAGAUCCUCGCCGACAAAAACUGUGAACUCGACAACAUCGCGCAGCUGGGUCAAUGGGACAUGAACGAGAUGCGCAGGUCAUACGUCACAGGCAUCCCGCGCGGGGCCAUCCAGCUGCAAGCGGGUUUCACGACGGAACCGGGUGACUAUUACCUUGGAAGAUCGAAGAGCGAAGUACCUGCGAAGGUCCUGAAGGCUAUCGAGGAGCACAUAUUUCCAAAGGCGGAGCAGUGGCUCGACGAGAUGUCGGGUUUGUGCAAGGACAUGGAUUUCCAAAAAUGGGCGCUUGACGUGUACCUGCUCGACAAGUACGGCAUCAAGAUGCGGACCAACCCCACGCUGUCGAGAGCCUCGGACGCAUCCUUUCAACUCAACACCAAGCACCUGAUCAUGCAACUUCGGGCUGAGGUUAACUUACACAAGGAGGAGGGAGGGAAAAAAGAAAUCAAGAUCAAGCACCUCGAGCAGAAGGUCGAGUCAUUGGAGCGGGAGAAGGGCGCGAUGCAAGCGGAGAUGGAGGCGAAGGACCAGGCUCUCGCGCAACUGCAGAAAGCGUUCGACGCACUGAAGAUUACCGCGGCGACAACCGCAGCUGCGAAUGUGGGGGAGAGCGAGAGCGUGCCGCAUACGGCGACCGAAGAAACCACCCCGCCACCAUAG